AUGUAUCAACAAGUUCCCUAUUCUUCACAGCAUUAACCUCCCAUUACUCAGUACCCAUCUAUUAAUGUUCACAUGCAGUAUCAUGAAUAGCAAUAAAGUCAAAUGAUAUCGCCCAUGAACUAUCAUUCUGAAUUGCACUCACAACAGUAUUUCUACCAUCCUCAUUAUUAAAAGCCAUAAGAUAUUCCUGAUGUCUCUGCUUAAAUUCCCUAGACUCCAAUAGUCAUGAUUCCUUAUCAAGAGAAGCAUUUAAAGUUUGAUGGUCAGAGAUGGCUGAUAAAGUCAUAGAUAUUGCUUAAAAACGUCAAUAACAUCAAUAUAAAUGAUUGGAUUGCUUUCUUUGAGGAAAUAGUUCUUCUUUUCAAUGAACUUGGCUAUGCUUUUGGAAAAGCUUUUGGGGAUCUCCAAACUAAAAUAGAUACGAUCAAAGCUGAUAUGCUAUUAUGGAAUCAAAAAGGAGUGCAGCUAGUGACUAUUCAAUAAGCAAUAGAUUUUGAAAUAUUCGAAGGAGUAGCUAACUUAAAUGGAAAAUAGAAGAACUAGCAUUUGUAUUAAGCUCAUGAUUUCAAAAGUACCUAUGCUUCAAUUUCCAGAACAAUUUUAAGAAAUAUGUGGCUUCUUGAUUUUAUUUAUCACUUCCUAGAUUUUGCCUACGUCAAUAGAACUCAGAAACUUUCUAGUUGUGCUUUUGAGUCUUACAAGAUUACACUUGGCUUGUAUCACACAUGGCUUAUGAGAAAAACUGCUGAGAUAUGUAUGUAUGCUUGCCCAAAUAGAGAUGAAGACAAGUAACAGAGUCAUAAUCAUCACCAUGAUCACCCUCAUUAUGUGUAUCAUGAGGCUAAUAUUGUAAUAGGAGAACCACAAGAAGAUGAUAAAAGCAAUGAUAGGAUCAUUUAGGAUACAAAAUAGGAGAAUGUAAACUGGAUUAAAAGUUUAUUCCAAAGAUUUGAUUCAUCAGCAUUGGCAGUCUAUUUCCUAAACUAUGCAAAUUUAGGUUUUCUGACAUUCUUUACCCUUGAAGUCAAAGAUCUAAUGAAGCAUUAUUUGAAUGUAGAGCCGGCAAAACUAUAAUCAACUACUGCUUUGCUAUUUAUUCCUUGGAGUAUUAAGAUUAUUUAUGGAAUGCUAUCUGAUUGUGUUCCAAUCUAUGGCUACAGGAGAAAGUACUAUUUGAUAAUAAAUGGUUUUCUGAGUUUCUUUACUAUUUUGAUAAUCGUUCCUGACUUCUUCAACAGCUACUAGAGUGUUACAUUCUUCUUGGUAAUGCAUAUGAUGACCUGUGCUUCUACUGAUGUUCUCGCUGAUUCCUUGAUGGUAGUUGAAGCUAAAAAAGAUCCGAUAAGAGGCAGUGAAGAUUUGCAAACACUCUCUUUUCUAACCAAUAGCAUUUUCAGUAUAGCAGCUAGUUUAAUUGGAGCCUACUUCACCUAGUAUAUUCACCCUAAAUGGGGUCUUUUAGCCUAUUCCAUAUUUGGAUUAUCAAUAUUUAUAUCUGCUUUAAGACUAAAAGAAAAGUAAGAAACAUUUACUACUAGCAAAUGCGAAAAUAUCUCAACUCUUUUCUCGCAGGUAUUCAAAUCUUUGAAGACACCAAUAAUUUAUAAAGUUUGCAUCUACUAAAUUAUCUCAGGCUCUAUUAUUCCAAGAUUCUAGGAGUACAAAUACUACUAUUUCCUUGAUAAACUGAAAUAUGAAGAGUACUAAUAUGCUUUGCUCUAUAUCUUAUCUUCAAUUUCAAUGCUACUUUUAGUCGGUCUCUUCCAUUGGGUUUUCCACAGAUUUAGCUAUAGAUAAGCAAUGGCGAUUGCUAUUUUACUAACAAGUUUCACAACUUUCUUUGAUUUAGCUUUUGUGUUAAGAUGGAAUACUUACAUUUACAUCCCAGACUAUAUCUUCAUUCUGUUUACCAAUUUAUUCGAGGACUUCAUUGGAAUGAGAUACUCAAUUAUUGCUAAUGGUGUUAUUAAUGCAAGACUCACACCAGAUGCAGUUGAAGCAUCAGUUUUUGCAAUUUUCACAGGAUUAAGUAACCUUGGAUUUGGUUUAAUUGGUUCAAUGAUGGGCACCUAUUGGAGUAACCUCCUUAAUAUUAACAGAUAAAAUUUGGACAAUUUCUAUCUAGGUCUUAUUUUGAAGCUUGGUCUAUCGUUUGUACCAUUAUUUUUCUUAAAGCUUAUUCCUAACAAGGAAGACAUCAAUUAAGAUGAAGAUUUGAAAAGAUUAAAUUUGCAGGAUGCAAAGGAGUAGCUUAUCCAAGAAAAAGCAAAAGAAAACUGA